AUGGCUCUCUAUCCGGCAGCACAGGAGCGGAUCCGCGCCGAAGUAGCCGAAGCGGUCGAUUCAGACGGCGAGAUCAACUACGAGACCCUCCAACGGCUGCCAUACCUCGACGCCUGCCUAACCGAAACCCUACGCCUAUACCCACCCGUCGCGCGACUGGAACGGGUGGCCUCCGAGGACAUACCCCUCGGCGCCGACGGUGUGGUCGUACGUAAGAGACAAAGGGUUGAGAUCCCGGUGUAUGCCAUACACCGGUCCGAGAAGUACUACUCGGAGCCCAACGAGUUUCGACCCGACCGGUGGUUACCCGAGAAUAAGCACAAACUAGUGCCCUAUGCGUACGUCCCGUUCGGCACCGGACCCCGCAAUUGCCUGGGCAUGAGGUUCGCCCUCAUGGAGGUCAAGUUGGCGGUGGCGCACAUUGUGAUGCACUUUAGGUUUACCAAAGUACCACAGACUGAGAUCCCAAUACAGUUCUCUAAUAUGACCCCGAUGUUGACCGCUAAGAGCAUUACUCUCGGUCUUGAAAAGCGGUACCUAACGAGAAACUAUGGCUAUUUCAGCAAGAUGGGUGUAAAGGGUCCAAAGCCUCUGGUGAUUUUUGGCACAUUUCUUGAACGCUGUCGCAAUCCGGUCCCACUUCUGGAUCAGUCUAUAUUCAACGGCACGGAUCCGGUACUGUUGGUGGCGGAGCCGGCGCUCGUCAAACAGGUACUCGUGAAGGACUUUCACCGAUUCUCUGACCGACGGGCCCUCCAGACUGAGCACCCAUUCAUCAACAAAAACCUAUUCAACACCGAAGGCGAGACAUGGAAACGCUUGCGUACCAUAAUGUCCGGCACAUUCACCUCGGGCAAAAUGCGCAAAAUGUACCCACUGGUGCGCCAGUGUCUCCAGGAAUACCUAGAGCACUUGGAUAUUUUGGCUGAACGUGGCGAACCAAUAGACGCCAAGGCCCUGCACCAGGGAUUCACCAUGGACGUCAUAGCCCGUACGGCGUUUGCCACCGAGACCAAUUCCCAAAAGGAGCCCAAUAGUGUAUUCGUGAAGAAUGGCCGUGAUGUGUUUAUAUUCAACCCGUGGAAAGUGAUACCGGCGUUCAUAUUUCCCAAAUGGUUGAAUACGGCGCUCGGCAUACGUACCCAUUUAGGCGAGAGUCCCAACAAUUGGAUCUGCGAUUUGAGCCGACAUUUGUUGCAGAAGAGGAGGAAUGGCUUCAAGAAUAAUGAUUUUCUGCAACUCUUGGUUGAAGCGAAUGCCGCAGAUAUUAGUGCUAAUCAUCAGAAGGCGGCCAUUGAUAACGAGUCUCAUCACGUGAAUGAA